CGCCGUAGUUGUGUAACAUCUAAAACCUUCCCCCUUGACUCUUCGCCCUCGUUGCCGUUGUCUUUUUCUACCCCCAGCACGCACGUUAGCAACAUGAGUGGGGCAAACGCUAAAAAGGGCUCUUCCUCCGGUGUGGUGGAGUGGAUCAGCUCGGCCUGUCGGUUUGCAACAGAUAGAAACGACUUCAGAAGGAAUCUUCUGGUGAAUUUGGGCUUGUUUGCAGCUGGUGUUUGGGUUGCAAGAAAUCUGUCAGAUUUUGACCUGAUGUCUCCUCAGCCAGUGACAUAGCGUGACCCAAAUACAUCACAACCAGGAUGAUGGCAUCUUGGACCAACAAAGAAGAAACAGUGGACACAAAUAAACUCAUGAAACCGUUUUUAUGACGUGUUUUAGUUUGAAAA